AUGGCAAUCUUUCAGCGAUCAGCGACGGGCAUCUCGCAAAGGUCGCGCAAGAGCAACAAGACCCAUGGUGUGCGAAGGCGGAAAACAAAGAAGACAAAGACUUUUCAGUGGUGGACGCGCUUCACCGAUACACUGCGCAAGUAUGAUCCCGACCGCCUCUUCGAGCGACGGGCUCCUCCAGCGGUGCCGAGGAGCGUGUACUUCAACGAAGCGCUCCCCGCCGAGGCAUUCGACAAGAAGGGCAAGCCGCACAAGAACUGGCAAUUUGCCACGAACCAGCUCUUAACGGCGAGAUAUACCCUCUACAACUUCCUGUUCAAGAACUUGUGGGAGCAGUACCACAGAGUCGCCAAUCUGUUCUUCACACUCAUUGUCGUGCUUCAGUUCUUUCCCAAGUUCGCCACCAUCUCGCCAGGUCUCGCCAUGCUGCCUCUCCUCGUUGUCCUUGCGGGCACGAUGAUCAAGGAUGGCUACGAAGACACUCGAAGACACAUUUCCGAUCGCAGCAUCAACAACGCAAAGACACGAGUCGUCGUCGGCGGCGGCUGGAUCAACCCAAAUGUUACUCAGUCGAAGCAACAAUCGUUCCAAUCCACCUUCAAGGCUUUCCGGGAGCAAAUGCUGGGAGGCAAGAAGCGUCAGAACAAAAAGAUGCUUGAGCAUCAAAAGGAGCUUAGCGCCCGUCGCUCGAUGACUUUCGAUCAAUCGCCCAUGGAGCCCGCAGCCGACGCUCCGGGCGGUGGGGUCGCACCUCAAACCCACCAAAUCGCUGGAAGUGAUGCUGGCAGCGGCUUGGGCCCCGAGCUGGGGCGCACAAGGACGUCGCAAAGCUCACUGCGCUCUGGCCCUGUGCGGAGGCAGUCUUCGAUGGGCGUGAGUGUCCUCAACAGCGAGUACGAGCACGGCGACGACGGACGAGUGCGUCACCAUGGCAAGAUCCUGAACCCGGACGAAGAGGCGCAGUACUGGGCCAAGCGGGCGCCCAGAUGGCGCAAGAUGAAUUGGGAAGACUUGAAGGUGGGCGACUUUGUCCUCCUCAAGGACAACGAGCCAAUCCCUGCAGACAUCAUCGUUUGCGCUACGUCAGAGGAAGAGGACGCCUGCUUUGUUGAGACUAAGAAUCUGGACGGAGAGACAAAUUUGAAGGUGCGCCACGCAGUCCCCGAGUUGGCUCAAACGAUUCGCACCGCAAAGGACUGCACAGAGGCUCAAAUGAGAAUCGACACCGGCCCGAGGGAUACCGACAUGUACCGCCUCAAUGCCAGUGUCAUCCUCGGCGAUCGCUUUGACAAGGACGGCCAGCCCCUACGAUGCCCCGUUACGAUCAAUCAGAUCUUGCUCCGUGGCUGCAAUGUGCGCAACACCCGAUGGAUCAUUGGCGUCGUUCUCAUGACGGGCGCCGACACCAAGAUCAUCGCCAACUCCGGACAGACUCCCACGAAGCGUGGCAAGGUAGAGCGACAAAUGAACCCCAUGGUCUACGUCAACCUUAUCAUUCUCGCUGCCAUGGCUGUCGGUCUGGCCAUUGCCGAUUCUCUGAUCGAGCAACAUUUCUUCAAUAGGCAAGCCUACUGGGAGUACUAUGCCAUCUUCAGCGACGACAAUCCCAAGCUCAACGGUCUCGUGACAUUUGGCAACUCGCUCAUCACGUUCCAGAAUAUCGUCCCCAUCUCACUUUACAUCUCCAUCGAGGUCGUCCGCACGAUCCAGGCCUACUUCAUCUUUGAUGACCACGACAUCUACUACGAAAAGACGAACCGAAGGACGCUUGCACGUUCGUGGAAUCUCGCAGACGACCUCGGUCAGAUCGAGUACAUUUUCUCUGACAAGACGGGCACUUUGACGCAAAAUCUGAUGAUCUUCCGCGAAUUUGCCGUUGGUGGCACCACCUAUCGAGGCGACGACGAAUUUGGAGCAAAGCCCAAGACGUCUUCGGGCGACGAGAGUAGCAGCAACGAGAAGGAGGCCCAACAGUUGAGCGAGGAGAGCGAGUCAUCGACCGGAGCCGUCGAUGCUCAGGGCCGUAGGCGGGUGAAGCCUGCUAAUGCCGAUGUCCAGCCCUUCAAGGAUCGUCUGCUCACCGAGGCCCUAAAGAGCCCGGGCACGCCACAUGGUAAGCUCCUCGGAUGGUUCUGGCGCACCUUGGCCCUUUGCCACACUGUGGUCACGGGCGAAGACGAAGAGACUGGUGCGCUCGAAUACAAGGCACAGAGCCCCGACGAACAAGCAUUGGUCCAGGCGGCUGCCGAGGUCGGCUUCAUUUUCUGCGGAAAGGAUAGGAGCACACUCAAGAUCCAGACACCCUACUCCGCCGAGUAUGAAAAGUACGAGCUGCUCACUGUCCUCGAGUUCUCCUCGGCGCGCAAGCGGAUGAGUGUGAUUUUGAGGCGCGAGGCGGACGGCAAGAUCCUCGUCAUGACAAAGGGCGCCGACAGUGUCAUUUUCGAACGAUCGGCCCCUGGGCAAGACGAGAUCAAGGCAAAGACGGACGAAGCGCUCGAGGAGUUUGCCAACAAGGGUCUCCGUACGCUCUGUCUUGGUUACAAGGAGCUCAGCGUUGAGGAAUACGACGAGUGGGCUGGCCAGUACCACGAGGCCACCGUCUUGCUGGAGGGCCGUGAGGAGCGCAUGGAGGAGCUGGCAUCACACUUGGAGCAAGACUUUGUCUUGCUGGGUGCUACCGCCAUCGAGGACCGGUUGCAAGAGGGCGUGCCCGAGACAAUUGCCGACCUGAAGCGGGCUGGUAUCAAUGUCUGGGUUGCGACGGGCGACAAGCUGGAGACGGCUAUCGCUAUCGGCUACUCAACGAUGCUGCUAUCCAAGGACAUGAACCUGAUCGUCGUUCGAGGAGGCGAAUACGGGCAGCCCAACUCAGCCUAUGAUCAGCUCAAAAGAGCCAUUGAGCAAUUCUUUGGCGGGUCAGAGGCUCUUGCGCAAAUGGAGAAUCAGCCUCCGGACUAUGAGGGACUGGAGGGUGAAGAGGCUUACACCGGACGGAGAAGCACGACGAGCGCCGCAUCAUUGGUCGGUGAGGACAACGGCCAGCGACCUGGCGGCUAUGCCCUUGUCAUUGAUGGCAAGGCUCUCGGUCACGCCCUCUCGGAGGAGUUCAGCAAAGAGCUGCUCCUGGACAUCUCGACGCAGUGCAAGGCCGUCAUUUGUUGCCGAGUGUCGCCGCUGCAGAAGGCUCUCAUCGUCAGACUCAUCAAGGAUGGUCUCGGCGUCAUGACGCUGGCUGUCGGUGAUGGUGCCAACGAUGUCUCGAUGAUCCAGGCUGCUCACGUCGGCGUCGGUAUUGCCGGUGAGGAAGGUCUCCAAGCCGUCAACAGCUCCGAUUACGCCAUUGCCCAGUUCCGCUUCCUCAAACGCCUCAUUCUCGUCCACGGCCACUACUGCUACCACCGCAACGGCAACAUGAUCAUCAAUUUCUUCUACAAGAACUGGAUCAACAUCUUCUGCCUCUUCUGGUUCCAGAUCUACUGCGCUUGGUCUUCGACCCAGGUCAUGGACUACGUCUACCUCCUGUUCUGGAACGCCUUCUGGACUGUGGCGGCCGUCAUUGCGCUCGGCAUCUUCGAGCGUGUCCUGCCCGACAAUGUGCUCAUGGACAUUCCGGAGCUGUACAAGCGGAGUCGAAAGGGCAGCUACUUCAGCCUGAAGCUUUUCAUGAUCUACCUCCUCGACUCGCUCUGGCAGUCAGCCAUCCUCUACUUCCUCAUCUGCUACUCGUACGAAUUCGUGUCUGCGCGCGACGACGGCUACGACGUGUCGCUUUGGGAGUGGUCCACUACGCUGGCCAUGGCCUCCGUCGUCGUGGCUAACCUGUCCGUCGGUCUGGAUAUUCGCGCCUGGAACUGGUUCAUCUUUGCCGGUGUCUGGCUCGGCCCGUUCCUCAUCUUCAUCUUUGCCCCCAUCUACGCCGCUUUCCCACCUACGCUCAUCUGGACCUACUCGUACGGCAACAACCACUACCUCUACUACAGCGCCGCUUACUGGUUUGUUGGCAUCCUCACCAUUUGGCUUGCGCUGCUGCCGAAGUUCAUCUGGAAGCAUGUCCGCCAGACGUACUUCCCAACCGACAUCGAUGUGAUUCGAGCCAUUGCCAAGUACGACCCGAACCACGACUUCAUCCGCGACCCUGGCAUGCCGGCCCUUCGGGCGGCAAAGCAGUACGGUCUCGAGCUACCCCCCUCGGCACCCGGGCGAAGCAACAUUGCAAGCCACGAUCCCGAGGCUGUCGACUCGAGGGAGAGCGAGACGCACGCAAUGGCGCCGCUCCGGCCUGUCGAGUCGCGCACCAGUAGUAUUCAUUACGACAUGGCGACGGGUCAAGCGACACCGUCGCGCGGCUACACGUUCAGCGCAGAUGACGAGCCGAGAGGAAAGCACGGCAAACAGCAGCGGAGCGGUAGCGUCAAGCGCAGAGCGACGCUCUCGAAGCUGGGUCGGUCGCUGGGUUUCAAGGGCAAACGCCUCAGUACCAUCAGACACUCGAAAGAAGAAGACGAGGAGCCCACAGAAGGGGCUGCCGAUGAAGGCGCAGACGAGUUCGGGCAGCAGCGAGAAGCGUCGAGACACCUCGAACCAGGGCCAGAAGAGGAAGACAACGUCCCAGACGAAGAGCCCUUGGCACGGUGA